GGAAAGGAAGAAGCCUUCAGUCCAUUUUCUAUUAUGGCAAACAAUAGCAUUAUUGACUUUUGGUAAGUUAAUUUUUAACUGUCCACCAUCAGAGUUGGGCGAAGUAGUCACUCAUAAUGGUUGAUCAAAUGUUACUUUUUAUGACAAAAAUUAUUAAUAUCAUGCAUUAGUAGUGCUUUGGCAAGGUUUCAUAGUUGCGACUUUUGAAGUAAGAGUUGCUGGCACCUAUUUCUAGUUUUAAGUUUUUAGAAUUUGCAACACUUACAGUGACAUUGCAAAUAGAAAAUUGACAUGGAAUGCGACAGCUAAUGGCUUAUUUUGAAAACUCUGAAUAAGGUAAUGUAAUUUCCAACAGAAACAAACAGCUGAUUUGGAAAGAUAGUCUAAAAAAGAACAAACACUGCAGGCCAUGGCUAUAAAAAGUGCUCUUUCCCCAUUGCCCUUAUAGUAUAGACCUUGGACAUUAAAGUGAAUUCAGUUUGUUUUAAUUUCAGUUAUAUAAAGUUCCUGUCUUUUUUUUUUAUUAUUUUUUGAAAGUCGGACAUCAUUGGCAUCAAUGGCUGGAAUCUCUGCUGGAAUUCUUGGACUCUCAGCUCUUAAAGGCUUCAUCUUUUAUUUUAUAGCUUCCUUGUUUAUGUCUGUAAGUUACUGGCUUACUCUGUAUACUUGUCUAGAAGUUUAGUUAACAUUUAUGGGGUACAUGUAGGGCUGUACACGGCUCUUUGAAGACCUCACAGGAUUGCUGAGAAAACAAUAAACAAACAACAGCAACAAUUGGACCCUAACCCUAAAACCAUAAAGCUGCAUGCUAUUAAAGAUCCAAUGGAAUAAGAGCUGUGCACUACACAGUACAUGUACAUUAAACUUGAUGCAAAUUCAACAUUUUUGUCAAUGAAUGCAAGGCCAAACCCAGUUAACCUUUGGCUCUGUGUAGCUCAACAACAACUUCCACACUGCAGGGGCACCCAAUGUCAAUUUUCGAAAAAUAUCUGUUCGGAAGACGAUUUAAGAUCUAGAAUUUUUAGAAUGUUGUAAAAUUCCUUGUUGCCUGCCUUUCCUAGGAUUUCCAAACAUCUAAAAAUGGUAUAAUUGCCCAUUUUUGAUGGAUUUUUACUCUAAGGUCACCUAGAAUUUUCGGGAGCCUUUUUUGUGGCUGAAAUUUUCGAAAAGGUAAGUUUUGAUCCCUGUAAUUUUCGGAUCGCUAGACUUUCAGCUAGGAAGUCCGAGCAGAUAAAAAAAUUUUAGGGGAUAAACAUAUGCCUAUAUUACCAUUUAAAUACUAAAAUACGUUUAACAAUGCUAUGUUUAAGUGGUUUUGAACUAUAUUCUUGUUGGGUACCCCUGACACUCUGUGGAAAUGUGAGUGAUUAUAAAAUUAAUGUACCCUAGAUGAGAUAAUUUACCCAUAGAACUCAAGGAAUAAACAUAAUACUGUGAUAGCAAUUUUUAAUAAUAAGUAUUCAUCUAUAUAUCUCCUGUGCUAUGUUCUGACUGAUGGGCCAUUGAAUGUACACUUAGGGCCGAAUCGCACUAGAGCCAGACAUUUCGAAUGUCCCGGGGCAAACUCCACAGGAUUUGGCUUUAAGUUUGUCCGCUGACAAUUUGUCUGUUGUCCACGCUCCAUCGCACUAACGUUUUGUUUACGUUGGACAAAUCCGAAAUGUUUACAUUUCGUCACACUUGUGACCUUUCCAUUAUCCAAUACUUGGCGGGAAAUCAUAUUUCAUAACAACAUGAUCCCAAGACGUUUUCUGCUUUUUGUAGCUGCAGCAUUUGUCCUACAAUUUCAGAUGUACGCUCAGCUGAGGAUGAUGCUGAUAAUUUUGUCUCUUGCUCAAUUUCAACUAGAGGGGAGAGCUUUUCUGAGAUUGUUCGAGAUUCGAAGGCGAAGACGAAAUCGGCGUGGACAUCCGUACUUUUGGGUUCUCCCUCGACCCGCCGAUUCAUGGUUUGAUAUUCAUUAUAAUGACCCAAGAAUCCCAGACGAAUAUUUCAGGAAACAGCUUCGAAUGAGAAGAGCUACUUUUCGUUUGCUUUUGGAUGUCCUUCGCCCAUACAUCACAAGACAAAACACUCGUUUUAGAAGGUGUAUUGAGCCAGAAAAGGUAUUGGCAAUUGGGCUCACGCGCUUAGCUCAUGGAGGAACAUACGUUUCGAUUGGGCCUGGUUUUAACGUUGGGACAACGACAGUAAUCGAGGCCGUCGAAGACGUCGUUACAGGACUGGUUUCUAUAAAACAUGAUUAUAUCAAAUUCCCUGAAACUGAAGCUCAAGUUGUUGAAACGAGGGAAACUUUCGAAGAGCUUUCUGAUCUUCCAAAUGUGGCUGGUGCAAUUGAUUGCACACAUGUCACGAUCAAAGCCCCUACUGACAGCAGAGUCGACUACUUCAGUCGAUUCCAGCGCUACGAUAUAAUCGUCCAAGCCGUGGCUGAUGGCAAGAAAAGAUUCCUAGAUGUAGCAGCUGGCUUUCCAGGAUCCCUGCACGAUGCACGCGUGUUACGGAACAGUCGCCUUUACAGACGAUGCGAGAACCAAGAAUUAUUGACUGGUCCUACUAUGAAUGUUCUCGGCCGAGAGAUUGGUCCAUAUUUGGUGGCCGAUAGCGCUUAUUUUUUGGCUCCCUGGUUACAAAAAGUUUACCCUGAAGGAACGCAAGAUCCCGACGAAAUUGCAUUUAAUGAGGAACUUUCCUCGGCCAGAGUUUCCGUGGAGUGCGCCUUUGGAAUUCUGAAAAGUCGUUGGCGUAUUUUGACAAAGCAAAUCGAAAGCGGGGUUAGUUCUGUGAGUGAUACAGUUGUAGCAUGUGCUGUUUUACACAAUUUCUGCAUUAAUGCCGGCGAUGAAUGGGAAUGGGAUGAUGGCGACGACGACGGAGGAAAUGAUAAUGAUGUAAAUGUUUUGAGGGAUGGCGACGAUAUCAGAGAACUACUAAAAGAGUACAUUGCCAUGUGAUUUUAUUUAUCAUUGAUCUCUUAACAAUAACAUAUUGUUUUGAGCUAUUUUCGUUCUGUUCGUGUUUUCUUGAUCAUAUAGACUUUGUAAAAAAACUGGAACGAAAACUUAUAAACGCUAGAAUAUAGCAUUGCUUUGAACUACUGUCUCUUUGCAGUUUCAGAGUAAUUGUUUACAAAGCAGGAUAAGUGAAUAAGGAUAAACGAAAACUGUUGCCUUUAAUUUUUUUCUAUAGCCUUGGUCAGAGCAGCGAGGAAACCAGUCAUGGCCUGAGUUUGCUCUCGUUGCAUUUCUUGCAUUUGCUCUACAGCAUUUGCCAAUCUAUCACCCUGGCGCUCCACUCUCUCGGUAAAUCUAGCAAAAUCCUCAGAAUCGUCGUUCUCCAGGCUUCUCUUGCGCCCUUUUCCCUUUCCUUUUCCCUUCUUCCUCUCGCUCCUGCUUUUGACUUUGAUUCCCAUUGCUUGAAGGGCUUCCUCUGCCUGAUCCGAGGUAUAUCCCUCCUCCUCGUCACCAGCAGGCGAGUCAGGCAAUUUCUCCUUAUUUUUCGCUGCUGCAUUUGCAGUUUCCCGCACGUGCUUCAGAGUAACAACAUCCCUGCCUCCGAGCACGCGGUCAAAGACAUCAAAAUGUUCGCAGGUUUCAUUAUUUCCUCCCGUCUGCGAUCGAUUCCAGUCCUUGGCCUCUUUGUACUUCUUUUUUAAGUGCUUAAUUUUUCUCUCGCACUGACUUGGAAGGCGCGCUAGGUCGAAUUGCUCGUUUAUUUUAGUGGCGAUUUCACCCCACACUUUCCUCGACUGUUGGCUCUCCAACCUUGAUAUAUUCGCCUCCCACAGAUCCACAAGGUAUUUCACCUGGUUCUCUGUCCAUCGGUCUUGCGUUGUCUUGCCCUGUCUCUUGUCCUGCUUCGUGUUUCCUUCAGUGGAAGUGCUGGCAAUCUCGCAUGUCGGAGUGCUAGUUCCACUAGCACUACUUCCCGACUGAGGACUGCUACUCCUCUGUCCUGGCGGAGAACUACUGGUAGUAGCAUGGGGCAUCGAGGUCGUGGAAUUCCGAUAUGGAUACGAAUCAUAAAAGUUUUGGAAGAAAUAACCCGGAGGAUAGCAAAAUGGAAAGCUGUUUGGCGGGCUGUUUUGGUCCGACAUCUUGCAAAGUGAAGAACGCGCGAAAACCAAAGAUCACGUUGUACUCAUCAUUUUUGACGUCUUAAUUAAAAAACAAACACCAGCUAUUGUAUUCUCGGUUGUUUGAUCCAUUUGUCCUGCCUCGGAGCAGGACAUCGCAGCCUUUGAAGUUUGGCUGUCCUUCGGAAUAUUUGGCUAACUCGAAAAUACGCGAUCGCAUUAGGACAAGUCAAGCGUUGACAGAUUUUUGACAUAAAAUAAACAAUUUUUGAUUUGUCUGGCUCUAGUGCGAUUCGGCCCUUAUUAUAACAUGUGAAUCAGGACUGGGAAAUAACGUUUAUGUUACAGGUCAAAUUUAAUUUCAGGUUGAAUUUUUCUAAACUAAGUUAAUUCUCAAUUUCCUUUGUCUCUUAGGGCUAGGCGAUAAAGGAAACUGAGAGUCAACUUCCUUAAAAAAUUGACCUUAAGUGAAAUUUGACCUGUAACAUUUACUAGGAAAAGGUUCUGUACACUGAGCUAAGAUCUGUGUGAACCUUUUUUGUUAUUAACACUGGAUUUAGCCAGUGAAUUCAGUUACUGUCAAACUAAUAAAACUGGAACACCUGAAAUAUUUAGCAAUGUGUGUUGUGUUUUGACCAAUCACAGUGAAGAUCACGACAUGUGUCAGAGCAAGCCACAAAAUCACAAACUAAUAAAAUUACUGUUGCUGUUUGUUCUUUAGUUUUCCCAUGUCUGAUGGGCUCUUCCCGUGUGAAACAACACAGUAGAACCCCACUAACUCAAACUCCCUGCUAACUCAAACUACCAUAAGUCCAAUUUCCCUUGGAUUUCACCCCACUUUUCAGUCAUAACUCGAACUUGGAUAACUCAAGACCAUGACAAGGGAGUAGGAGUUUUUAGUUGUUCUUUUGGAAUUGUCAUAGUCUGAACAAAAGGAGUAUACACUGAUAGCUACAUCUAACAAUCUUGUACUUUCUUUUUCAGAUCUUGAUUUGCUUAAAAGCUGGUACACAUUGGAGAAAAUUUUUCAUCUCUUGGUGGGAUCUUAGUACUUCAGGAAUCUUUGGUGGAAUAUUUGUAUCCUUAGCUGUUUUUUUUAUUGUUAAUCUUCAUGAAACAAAAAUGUAAAAAUCCCAAUAAUUUUAGUAACAAAGGUAUAUUUAGGGGCACCUUAAUUUUCCAUUGCAUGGAACUCAGUUUGACAUUGCUUUUGGAAACCUAUGGGCUAGUAACCCUGCACUAGAUUAACAAGAGCAGUAAUAACCCUAGUCUGUUCCCGGGGGGAGGGGGUACUGCCCUACAUGGGCUAUAUAGGAAUGUGCUGCUGUGUAGGAAAGGGGAUUUCAAGCAGUUUAGUCUUGGAAAGGAUAAUAUAGAAAUCAGAGUGUUUGAGUCUUGAAUAGGGUGUCAUUUCUAGGAGUUAGUUGAAUACUUUAAUCUAGACUAGGAAAACUGGGGAUUGACACUCAAAAAAUUAUUAAUUGGCUUACCCACAGCUCAAUGGACAUGGGGAUUUAUGGUAUUGUGGUAUUGAGCGUUUUUCAAGCGUUAUUUCUGAUCAGUAGUUUUGAUUUUAAUGUGCGGUAUUGUGGUAUCAUCCAGUUUUGCGGUAUGCGGUUUUUCAUCCUUCUGGCUAACGGUAUUCAGUAAAAGAAGAUCCUUCAUGAUAUUGCCAUACCAUUCAUUUGGCCUCUCCUGUCUAAUGUAAGUCAAUAUUUGGAAGACUUUUGCUUUAACGGUAAAUGAUUACACAAUUUCUGACAAUUAUUACUCUAUGAUGAAAUUGGUAGGACAUCCAAUGACUGGGCUUUUCGAUCAGUGUACCAAUCAAUUCGAGGUCUUCCCACAUUUUCUGAGGUUGAUUUCUGUUGUAUACAUGCGUGAGAUAAACAAACGCGCAAGGUGGAUACAACUUUAAGUAUGCGUGAUCGAUCAUAAAUGCGGUAUCAGUACUUCCUUGAUUUUCAACACGUUAUUUCGGUAUUUGCCUAUUUUUCUCAUGAUAUUGAGGUAUUGGAUACCCCCCAAUGUCCCCCUCAAUAAGCUUCUGUUUUGGCUGGACUGUACUUGUGACCUCAGUAAUGUCUGGAAAAUAGCAACUCUAGACUUGGGAGAGAUUUUCAGACUUUAGCUUAGAGUGUAGGGUAGCAAAAAUAUAGGUUUUAGGACCUCAGCCACACACAUCCCCACCCAAAAAUUCCUUAAACCGAAUCCCCCCAACCUAUGCUGCAGAAAGCAGGUUAAAUUGGGUAUCCUGUACCUCAUCAUCACUAACAUUACUGUAUUAUUUAUUAUUUUGUUGUUCUCCUUAACUGCUGACUUUCAUUACUACAUUCAAGACAUACUUACUGUUUUGGACGUAUCCUUUCUGAAAUUUGAACAAGUAUAGCUGUAGGAAUUUCAUUGUUUUGUACUUACACUAUUUUCUUUGUAUUUUAAUUUAUUUUACUAACAUUAACAGUUAUAUAAUAUUUUGAUAGCCUUUCAGUAACAUGGAUCUGCAUGACCAUUGUUUGAUUCAGUAGAGGUAUUGGGUUGAGGGAAUAUUGUUGGUUUGAGAAAUACUGUAUAUAAACUUUUAUCUCUAAUUAUUUUAAUUUCCAUUGAGCAAACCUAAUCACCGCAAUGGGUGGCCAUAACUGCAUACACAUUUUGAAAGCAUGCAGUUAAUAUGUAUCUCUCAUUUGCCUCUCAUUUGCCGAAAAAAACAAGGAUCUGUAAUAUUUACAAUAUGGACCGAGAAAACGAGGCUGAUAAAUUGUUUAUUAUGUGGCUUCCUGUUUGGGGGAACUUGAAACAAGUGUUCGUUAUGCUUUUUGACUGUCAUUUGACAGGUGUCAAAAAAGAAAUUUCUUAUUGGCUCAGGAAAACAAUAGCACUUUACAAUGGCUUUCCAUAAAAGUGUAAACAUGCAAACUAUGAGCACUGUAAGUUUUAGCUCACCAUGUGACGCUCUUGUAUUUUGAAAACUGGACACUGUGUUUAGCUCAAAGUUGCUUCCAUCUUUCUUUCGUUCAGUCUUUGAAAAACCAAAGUCAAUGGCAAAAAAGCUUGUCAACGUAAGCUUAAGUUUGUUAUCAUUGUUGAACGACUGCUCGUCUUUCUUCAGCAAAAUGUCUCGGAUCCCUGACAGUUCAUUCUUAUCUUCUUCGUUGUGGUCUGUGAUAAAAUUUUCAAACACCGACUAGAAUCCUCUUCUUGGGUUAGAUGACGAUCCAGUUUCUUCAUCAGCUUCGUUCUCAAAUAGACACAAGUUAAGAUUUGGGAGGAUGAAGUCACUUCCAAGUCUACAGGAUUUUCAGACAUAUGAUAACAUUCCUUUAAUCAUUUCUUCGAGCUCCAAAAUGAGCAUUCACUUUUGAAAGUUUGGCCCGUACAGUAAGUAAUAUGGACGGCAAAUUGACCUAUCAUAAGGCGAAAACAGACUUAGCCAAAUAAUUAAAAAAAUUUAAAAAAUAUUUACCAUAGCACUUACGAAUUACUAACAGUAACUGCUGAUUGGAGGUUGUAAGCUCAUUGGGUAUGUGUGUAUUUAGUGAUACUUGCCAAACGUCUGUUUUUGCCAUCAUUGUGGGUCCUUUCCAUGUCCACUUUUUUAAUGAUUUUUCCUCAUGUUAUUUCAUUAACCUUAUGAUCAAGAUUUUUGUAUGGAAUGGUUCAUGUCUACUGA